UUUAAAAAAUAAUAUGUACCACAAAAAUAAUAUUAAUCAUAAGCAUACAAGUACACGUAGUACAAAGCAUAUGUAAAAAAAACAAAAAAAAAAAAGUAGACUCCAGAGAAGAAUCAACCAUGACUAGUUCUCGGGGGUCGACACCCAGUGCCAUUAUUCUACUGAUAGCGCUUAUAGUAGUAGCAUCAAGCUCGGCCAUCCAAGAUGACACCAACAACGCGCCAAAGUGUCAGUUUGGAAAAUCACCGAGGAAGCAAAUCGAUGUUACAGCCCUUGACGGCAUGUGCUUGCGUGACAUGGUCGUCCACCUGUCGAAGCACUUGUACACCCUGGGCGAGGAUGAGCUAGGGGUUGGCAAGUUCCAGGGCAUCCUGGACAGGCUAGUUUUCGUCGACUUGGUGACGACUAUCAGCGCGCGACUGAACGAUCUGGCCAAGAGCCUCAACGACAAGCUCAAAAAGUACACCGACUUGCUCAGGGAGAGCAACAGCGUCGUCCAGCCUAUACUGCUCAAACAGGGCCAGGACGUUUAUUUGAGCUUUGGCAGGAAAACGGAUACCGCGAGCGGCAAACCCUCCGACACUUGCUCCAAAAUCAUAGAUGCGCUCGCCAUGAACGUCCGCAACCAGGACUGGAAGAACCUGCAUAUACUGCCCGUCAGUCAGCCAGGCACAAUGUGCGGCCCACCGAGUUUGGCCCACAACAUAGGUCCCCUCCUGCUGUCCCAGUGCAAUCGCUCCAAAAACAUAAUCCUCCUGCUUGAACAAAACGCCGGCUUCAUGUCCGAGGAGGACGAGACGCUCGCCCAGAUAACGGCCAAGACGAUAGUCCACAUGCUAAGCGAAACCGACCGCGUGACCGUGAUCGGCCUGGCCGCCGGUGGUGGUGGGCUGUGCCUCGACCAGGGCCUGCCAAGGGCCACGGACAUACACAAGAUCCGACUGGACAGGCACAUAGACUCGCUCGUCAGGUCGAGUGCGAAUCAGAGCUUUGGCCUGGACGUCGGCAAGAUCGUCCGAAACGUCGAGGGUGAGCUCGUGCUCGUGCACCUGACCAACAAUUUAAACGCCGGGCUGCACUCGGAUGUCAACAGGAUAGCCGAGGCCAUUAAGAACGAACGGCUCGUAGUGCACCUGAGGACGAUCCUCAUACUGUCGAAUCAGCAGCUGCAACAGACCAGUUUCAAGGAGCACUCCAACAACGGCAGCGUCAUCACCCUGCCGACGCAGCACGUGCUCGGUUACGAGAUCGCGCGCUUGUUUGCCGGUCUCAAGUGCGCCAAGGAGGACGCGAAGCCCUAUUACCUCUCGGAUCCGUACUUUGAGCCCUACAGCAAAGCGAUGAUGCUGUCCAUUGGCCAGAUAACCAACACAGCCUUGCUCUCGUUCGACGUCAAACUUCGGGACUUUGUCGAGGACGUGACGUACUUCGAAGUGGGCAGCCAACAGGUGCACGCCAUACUCCUUGACAAACGAGGCGUCAUCUGGAUGCACAAGAACUUCCCGAGGAUGGAGACCAUAAUUGAACAGCCGCUCAAGGUUUACCUCCAUCAGAUAGAGAACCUCGACGAGGACAUCGUGGCUAGUACAAGGAUGGCCCAAGAGUCUGAAGGCGUGGUCCAGGUAAAGACGCUACUGGGCACAGAGAAGCGACUCUACUGGCGGCAGCUCGAUUACUCGGAACUGAUAGUUUGCCUGGUGGUGUCGGGGCCCCACCUGUUGAGCAGACACCGGCCCGUAACUCCCAGCACCACCAGCCCCGACAAGAACAAGCCACCGAAGCAGCCAACUAUCGAGGAAGUGAGCCUACGGUUGGGUCUGGUGCGUCCGGAUGGCGCCCUCAACGCCGGUAUGUUACACCACCGGCUAGAUUUGGCGCUCGGCACCGGUCAGCUGCGCAGGGACAGUCUGUGCGCUCACGCGGGUAACCGUCGCGUGGCCAGCCACGAGGCGGGAGUACUCUUCCUGUCCGGUUGGUGCUUCCGCUCGGCAGCGGAGCAAGCCCGCCAGUUGGGCCUCGCGGCCCGCGUGACCGUCCAGAGUUACAUGGCCUAUCUGCGCGACGAGACGCGCUUGCUGGCGAAUCCUGGUCUGCGCGACGACGUCAAGCCCGAGUUGAAGACACUCGGUCGGCUGCUCGAGUUGUUCCGCGAACGGCGGGCCACCGAGGGUCCUCUGGAGCGUUUCGUGGUACAGCGCUACGGCGUGGCUGUCGGCUCGGGUGCUCUGGUGUUGCACCCGGGCCUCGUUCUCGACGCCGAGCUGGAUCCGAAACGCCGGGCCUGGUACGUGCGUGGCCUCGAGCAACCCGAUAGGCUGGUCCUCGGUCCGCCGUACCUCGACGCCGGGGGCGCCGGUUACGUCGUCACUCUCAGUCGGCUCGUGCACGAGGGCCGAUCCGUGGGCCUGCACAGCAGUAGCGAUCCCGCCUUUGCCGUCCUCGGGCUCGAUCUCACUCUGGGCUACUUUGGCCGCAUGCUCGAGCAGCUGUUCCCACUCUGCGGACGAUCGGACGGCGUCAAGUGUUUCCUCAUGGACGACAAGGGCUACCUGGUGUACCACCCGGCGUUGAUGAAGCCCGGCGCGAAAGUGGAGCAACAGCACCUGACCAACAAGGAGUUCCUGGUGGCCAACGACAUCCUCAACCACGAGAACUUUGUGAACAAGCGAAUGUGCGCGAGCCACAUGGACGGCACGGGCCAGCGCUACUAUCAGUUCAACGUCUCGCUCGACGAGGUCCUCACCAACAUCGUGCACGGUGAGCACUGCGUGCUUUACCAGCUGGCCGCGGUACCGGGCACCAACCUCUUCCUCGGAGUCGUCAACGUCACCUGCAGCUCCAGCAACGCCUUCUGCCCGUGCAGCACCACGGAUCGCUCGUGCCUGAACUGCAUAAGGAUGGAACAAAUGGACUGCGAGUGCCCGUGCGAGUGUUCCCUGUACACGAGCGAGUGCCAAUCUCGCGAGGCACCUGACACGAAACUCGAGGUUUGUCCGGCGCCCCACGAACAAGGCUCGGCCGGGCUCUCCGCGCCCUGGAUACAGAGCGGCUCGACGAGCGCCCUCCGUCCUUGCCAGGCGUUCAGUUGCCGGAGCUUACCGACUCGCUCCGAUUGCCUGGGCGUCGUUGGGUGCCAGUGGUGCGAACUCGACAGCGACGCCGAGACUACCUUGGACCAGCCCUACUGCGCCGAUCUGGCGCUUUGCUUCCGCGGCGUUCUUGGGGCCAGCAUUCCCUACGGCGACGGCAGCUAUGAUUCGCAGGCCAGCGAAGAGAUGUUGGCAAACGAUUGGCCCGGAGUAGGCUCGGUCGCCGGGGUUAUCCUUGGGUUGUUGCUCGCCGUCGGCUUGGCUCUGUUUUGCCACCGGCUGCGCAACGUGCACACGGGCCUAGAGCACCAGUGUCUCCACAACCACAACUCGCCGGACACGUUGCGCAUGACUCACCUGGACUGCGAGCUCGAGCCUACCGAUCACGAGCCCAAGCCUAGCAUGGACUCGGCCUUGUUGCGCGAUUGCGCGGCGGUUGCCGCGGUACCCGUGGUCUCGCCCUACCGCGUAUCAAGCGGCUAUAGGCGGGCACCCCAGGCGGACAGCGACCACGGGUACAGCACCAUGACGCCCCACGACGACUCUGAGCAGCACAACUUCUCCGAGCCUCUGCUCGUGCUCGCCAACGGGCCCAACGACGGACCUGUACCCACGACGGCCAGUGUCACGGCUCUCGAGUCGCCGGCCACGUCGAGCUCGACCAUAGUACCCUCGCCAACGACGAACAUCGCCUCGUCGCCCCACCGGGUCAUCGCCGCUGUCACCGUCCACCGAAACAUGGAGACUAAUUACUGCUAAUGCGCGCCCCGAGGACUCACCUCGCGCCCUUGUCGAACCGGGAGAUCAUCAACGCGGUAUUUUUUCGCGGUUCUCACUUACGUCCGUGUCAGUAUAUAGGUGCACACAUGUGUGUGUGAAUAGGCAUUUUAUUAUCGCGUAACUUGCAUGCUCUGUACCCGACGAACGAUUUAUAUGAUAUACAUAUUGUGAUUGAGCAUGACAGAAUUUAAGGAGUGUUGUGGAGAAUAAUUUUUUUUUUUUUUUUUUUUUUCAAUACC